GAAGGUGGAAAAAAAGCAGAGGAACUACUCCUGUUUACAACAACAUAAUGGAGCCAAAAUGGCCAAAUACCAUCUGCAAGCGUGUUUUACUGACUGGAUUUACGCUAUGUGUUGUAUUAGUCACAAAACCAACAUCGGCGAUCGACAUAUAUGCCGACCCCGAAGUGAUGAUGCAGAACGGCACCACAGGAAUCAUUCGAUGCACCUUCAAGUCCAAUGAAGUGGUCAGCAGCUCCACCUCAGUUACCUGGAGCUUUCAGUCGAGUCAGCCCGACAAUCAGUUCUCCAAAGGUCCGUACGUGAUUUUCUAUUUAACCAGUGGGAGAGAAUUCCAGGGACCACUUGAGUUCAAAGACAGAGUGCAGUUUAUUGGAGACAUCAACAAGAGGGACGUGUCAAUACAGCUGAGUCCGGCUCAGUUCAGCGACAACGGUACCUACUUCUGCGACGUGAGGAACCCGCCAGACAUAACUGGAACACCGGCUCGAACAGAGCUCAGGGUCGUCGUGAAAGAAUCGCUGCCUCAGAGCAACACUACCCUUAUAGUUGGAGCAGUUUGUGGCGCGUUAGUUCUGCUCAUCCUCAUUGCUGUAGGUGCCUGCGUUGUCAUGAGGGUGCUGCACAACCGCCAUGAUUAUGAAGGAUGCACGUCCUUCGAAAGCGUGGGCUCUCAGGCUCCGCAGCCACGCAAGAAGGUGGAGUCUGGUCUGGAGGGCUCCAAGUGUACCAUUCCCUUGGGUCCACUACAGGUAGGAGCUGGGGGACCGAGAAAUCCGCUGGCUGCCACCAUUUUACUGGGAAAGUGUUGCAUUUAUGUGGCCUUGUUGUUUAUCCGAAUGCACCUGAAACAUACGGCUUUAUCCCUGUCCACUGAUACAAUGUAAUAAACAGUGCUUGGUUCAGAUCAGUCGUAACAACCUUAAUUUAAGCAAAAUACGUAGUUACUGAAACCUACAUUACACGGUGCUUUAUUGAAAAGUAAAAAGCAGCAUUCAGUUGUGAAAAUAAAAGGAGACGUAGGACAGUAAAAUGAUAUGAAAGUACCAGGAAUGAGGACCGGGAGAGAAAUAUAACAGAAAAACAAACAACA